AUUUAAGAACACGUAUAUAAGGCUUAUUAAAUGUGACAAAUAUUUUAGUUUUUCAAUUUUCUGGUUUGCAGUUUGACAAGGACGACGUAUUUGGUAUGGUAGUGUUGCACCAACGACAUGAAUUUACUUGGAUUUAUAUGCAUGAUAAUUUUUUGUGGCUACAUUAGCUGAAUAUGUUUAACCUAAUCUUUGUUGGCUUAUUGUGCCAAGUGUGGUGCCAUUUAGAUGGAUAAUCUGUAAGUGGGCUGAACAUAUUCCUCAGUUAUGGAAGAAGCAAGCACAUUAUCCAUUCCGCCAGAAUCUCUUCCAUCUUCAGAAGAACUUGUAACUUCAAGUGUAGCUGACAAAUAUCUUGAGAGUACUGAUCACUUUCAGGAGAAAAGUGUGGAUGAUACAGGGACAAAAGUUGAGCAACAUUACUCAGUUCCAUCAAUGGACAACAAGUAUUUGAGUGAUAGACAGCAUAAGAAAGGAGUAGAAGAAGUCUAUUCGAAUUACAAGCAGGAAGUUGCUGUAGAGGAUUCCCAGCUAUUUGUUCUGCAAAAUUUUGAAUAUAUCUCAUCUGAACAAAUUACUUUCACUACUGAUAGACAGCACAAGAAAGGAGUAGAAGAAGAAAUGGCAUCAGUUGAGCUUCAGCAACAUUUAUCUGAUCCUUCAUCAGUAGACAGCAAACCUUUAAGUGGAGGAGUUGAGUUGACUAACAAGCAGGAAGAUGAGGCAUCCGCUCAGCUUCAGCAACACCUCCCAGAUCCUUCAUCUGAGAACAACAAGCCUUUAAGUGAACAAGUCAAUGCCAAUAACAAACAGAAAGUUGCUGUCCAGGAUUCUGAACCAUCAGUUCAGCAAAAUUUUACAUAUAUCUCAGCUGAACAAGUAACUGCUUCUGAAAGUCUCACUACUCAUAGACAGCUUAAAGAAGGUGCAGAAGAAGAAGAUGAGGCAUCUGCUCAGCUUCAGCAACAUUUUUCUGAUUCUUCAUCAGUGCAUAGCAAACCUUUCAAUGAAGAUGUUGUACAGAUACAAAAAUUUGUAGAUAUCUCAUCCCCACAAGUGACUGCUACUUUAAACGUGGAUACUCGUAGCCAGCAUCAAAAAGGAGACGGAUCUCAGCAAAGCAUUGCCAAUGCCUCAAUAAUAGACAUUGAUAAUGCAAAUGCAAAUGCAAAAGACAACUCUAGUGUACUAGAUACUCCCGUUGGUGGUAAAGCUCUGCUUAUCUCAGAAACUAUUAAAGAUCCACUAUCUCAUUUUUUGGAGGCACAAAAAGGUCUAAAGAGCAUUUCCCCUCAUAAAGGAAAAGCUUCUUCUAAAUAUGGUACCAGCGAGGACACUAAAAGAAGAAAAAGUGAAAGGAAGCCAUCUCGGUUCCUUUCUGAUCUCAGCCGCUGGAAUGCUCUUGGAGAAACAGAUAAGAAGCCAGCAGAGUUAACUAAAUCCUUCAAGAACAGAGAAGUCACAAAUAGAGGUAUUGUCGACACAAGUACACAAGCUCCUGUUAUGUCAGUUGUGAACAAAUUUGGAGGAAGCUAUGACUGGAGAGCUAAUAAAGCACAAUUUGCAAAACAAAAGACUGCCAAGUUUGAACUAGAAAAGGUUCAAGGAGAAAUUGCUAAAUGCAAAAGACAAUUAGAUUUUUCUGAAGAGGCUAAAGUCCAGGUACUGAAAGAGAUGGAAGGCACUGAGAGGUUAAUAGAAGAACUGAAGCAUAAAUUAGAGAGAGCCAAGCAAGAUGAGGCUCAUGCAAGACAAGACAUGGAACUGUCCCAUCUAAGAUUCGAUGAAAUAGAGCAAGGUAUUCCCAUUGAAUCAAGCAAUGUGGUUAAAGCACAAUUAGAGGUCGCCAGAGAGAGACAUGAAGCCAUAAUGACUGAGAGACAGUCAUCGGUUAAGGAACUGAAAGAUUUACAAGAAAAGUUGGUUUUAUUGAUUAAUGAAAGAGAUAUUGCAAUUAGGAAAUCUAAAGAGGCUACUUUUGCUGCCAUGGAGAUUGAGAAGAAAGUAGAGGAGCUUACCAUGGAGCUCAACUCAACAAAAGGUCCAGUGCAAUCAGCUCGUGCUGCAUAUCUUGAGGCAAAUGAACAUAGAAUUGGUGCGAUCUUGGUACGAGAUCAAGAUUGCCUAACAUGGGAGAAGGAAUUAAAACAGGUUGAAGAAGAGGUUCAACAGUUUUAUCAGCUGCUGACGUUAACAAAGGAUCUAAAAUUAAAACUAGAUACAUCCUCUGCAUUGUUAUCUAAAGUCAAGGCUGAAUUAGUAGCAUAUAUGAAAGCAAAAUUGGAAGAAGAGUCUGAGGGUUUAAAAAUUGAUAAAAUGUCAGAUAAUGAGGCAGAAACAAAGAGAAGACUCCCAUUCACUGAAGAAACGGAUCUAACUAAAAGGGAACUUGAGGAAUUGAACAAUAGAAAGAAAGAAUCUGAAAACGUGGUUAACUCUCUUAGAGUUGCAUUCUCAGACCUCAAGUCUGAGCUUGAAGCUGAAAAAUCUGCUCUCGAUAUCUUAAAACAGAGGGAAGGCAUGGCAUCUAUAGUCGUUUCUUCCCUAGUAGCUGAGAUUGACAGGACAAACAAAGAAAUCGAAGCAGUUAGAUUGAGGGAAAAGGAAGGCAGAGACAAGAUGGUGGAGCUACUCAAGUCAUUGCCAAGAGCAGCUCAGGAAGCAGAUGAAGCCAAAUCUGUUGCGAAGAUGGUGCGUGAAGAACUGCAAAAUUCCAGAAACGAGGCUGAGCAAGCACAAGCCGCUGCAAGCACAAUGCAGAUGAAACUACAUGCAACGUUCAAGGAAAUAGAAGCAGCGAAAGCGUCAGAGAAGUUGGCACUUGCACAGGUGCAAGCACGUCAAGACAGUGUGCAUCUCCCUAGCGGGGUUGGUGUGACUCUACAAUUAGAUGAGUACUUGACUCUUUGCAAGAAAGCCAAUGAAGCGGAGCAGCUUGCGCGUGAGAAAGUGACAGCCGCUCACACAGAAAUUGAAAUGGCUAUACAAUCGCAGUUACUUAGCUUGAAGAGACUGAAGGAAGCAUAUAGGGAGAUGCCACAACGCAAGGAAGCUUUGGAAAUCGCUAUGAAGAAGGCCGAGGAGGCAAUGAGCGGCAAAUUGGCAGCAGAACAGGCGUUUAGGGCAUGCAGAGCUGAGCUAGAGCAUCAAAGAAAAGCUAAUGAUGCAGGUAAAGCAGCUGUUGGACAUCAAGCGAGCUCACUUGCGAGUGUUCAUCAGAGAAGUGAAACAAACAUGACCAGAAAACCAGAAGAGGAGUUAGAACAGCAAUGGAAAGCUAGCAAUGAAGCUACAAGUGUUGCCGUUGUUGGUCCCCAGGAGAGCACACAUUCUAGCUUGCCUCAAAAAAGUGAAACAACGAGCAGCAAGAAGCAAGAAAGCGAUGUUCUUGUGCAUCCUGAGUUGGAAGAUACUAAACAUUCUAUUAUCGUGAACAAAAAGAAGAAAUCAGUAUUUUGGAAGUUUAUUUUCUUCUUUGGCCGCCGAACCAAACACUGAACCAAUAGACAUAGUUGAUGCAUGGAUGCCUGAGUGAAGAAGAUUGCCAUUUUGUUGUUGUAACGAGUUUCAUAUAAUCUUUCCCUGCUGAAUGUAAAUGCCUCACAAAUUUGACAAUACAGACAUUGAUGAAUUGUACACUCGUAUGAUUUAUU